CGCGGCUCAUGCAGCAAGUACGCAAUGGAGAUUCAGCGAAACACCAGAAUAUUAAAUAAUCUCCAUCAAUCGCUUGUAUUACAUUCACGGUUCUACAAAAACACGCAGAGGAUAAUAUUGUUGUCGCUGGUACUUCUGGGUGGUGUUUGUAAAGCAGAAACAGAUGAGACAAUACCAGUGAGGGAAGGAGAAUCUGAAACUCUACAUACUAAUCUUUCUAAAAUACUGAACGAUGAUACAGUACUCUGGGCGUUUGGGCCUAAGGAAUCGGUCCUAUCUCAGAUAACGAGAAAGAACGACUUGACCUCACAUUACGUCACUGAUGAUGAGAGAUUUAAAGGCAGAUUGCAGGUGGACCAAGAAACUGGCUCUCUCACCAUCAGAAACACCAGAAACAGACACUCUGGAAAAUAUAAACUAACAAUCUCUAGAGAAAAGACCACAUACAGGAUAUUUCGUGUGGAUGUCAUUGGUGUGGCUGCUGAGACGGGUGGAGUGAAGUCAGUGUCAGUGACAGAAGGGGAAUCUAUCAUUCUACAAAAUGAUGCUACUCAAUUACAGAAAGAUGAUCUAAUAGUAUGGAGGUUUGGAGAUAAAGGCAUCCUCCUAGCUAAAAUCGACGUAGAAACGAAUGAGUCCUCAUUAAAUGAUGCUGAUGAACGAUUCAGAAACAGACUACAACUAGACCGAAAUGGAUCUCUGACCAUCACAAAUGCCAGAACUGAACACAGUGGACUUUAUGAAGUACAAAUCAGAGGCCGUGAGAGCUCACAGCUGUUCCUUGUUUCUGUCAGUGCUGAUUGGGGUCGGUCUUCAAUUGUCAUAGGAAUAGUUGUUGCUGUUCUGCUGGUGACUGGACUUUUAGCUGCUGUUAUUUACUUUAGCUGCAGGAUCUCUGAACUACAAAAACAAGUGGUUGAAGAAGUGAAAGUGUCAGAGACAGAAGGAAGAACUGUCGUUCUAAAGACUGACACUAAACUCCAGAACGGUGAUGAGAUAAAGUGGUGGUUUGAUGAUGACAAAAAUCCCUUAACCCAAUACAGUAACUGGACCAUUCAAAACAAGGAUAUAGACUGUGUUGUUACUGAUGAGAGAUUCAGAAACAAAGUGCAGCUGGGUGGUAAGACUGGCGAUCUCAUCAUCAGUUAUAUCAGGACCAUUCAUUCUGGAGCUUACAAAGUACAGAUCAGCAGCAAAAACAGAACCACAUGCAAGAAAUUCAUGGUUACUGUCAAUGUGGAAAAAGUGACAGCGAAGAUUGGACAAUCUGUCACUCUAAAGACCAAUAUUGAAAUAAAGAACGGAGAUGUGAUACUGUGGACCUUUGGAGUUAAAAACUGUCUCAUUUAUAAAGCCGAAUCAACACCAACUAGUAUUUGUGAGAAUUUCAGAGACAGACUGCAGCUGAAUGAUCAUGAUGGAUCUCUGACCAUCACAAACAUCACCAGUGCAGACUUUGGACACUUUCAACUACAGGUCAUAAACGGCGAACGGAACAGAUUCAGGAGAUUCAAUGUGAUCGAAGAUUCCACUGUAAACAAAGUGAAAAACUUGCUGGAAAAAACCACCACUGCUUCAAGACACUGUGGAUGAAGAGAAUGAGCAGGAGGGGACAAGUUCAGUUUAAUAAGACACAUCCACCACUGUCAAUAUUUGUGACAUCAUCAACACUUAAACUGAACAAUAUAUGUGUCACAAACCCGGUCCCUGUUACUCCUCCCGCUCACCACCAGAGGUCCCCUUCAACACACAGACCGUUUCUGUUUUUUUUCUUUUUCUUUUUGGCAUUUUGCAUUUUUUCUUUGAUAGGAGAGUAGAGAUAGGACCGGAAGCAAGUGGGAGAGAGGGGGAUCGGGAAAGGUCCGCAAGGUGGGAUCUUGGGACACCCAAAGCGCAACUGUGCCAUAUGUCAGUGCACUGCCCACAAGGCUAUCGGCGCUACACAGACUGUUUCAUCACUCAAACUGUAUCACCCUUUCACACCAGACUACAUUUCCCAUGAUCCAUUUCACACUACACUGAUUUGCAAACACACCUGUAGGCAUUCACAUGGACUAUUUGUCACACGCACACUAUCAUUCGGGGCCAAGUAUUGUAUGCAUGUAUGCACGCAUGGCUUCAUUACAAUAUUUCUGCAUUUAUGAAAAAAAUAAAACUUUUUAAAUGCAAAUUUAAGAGCUCAACAGCGCAUGGGUUUCAGAAUUUUCCGUGGAAACAUAUUGAAUAUUUUAAACAAAACUUUGUCAAGUAUUAUUCAAAAGAACAUUUUGGAACUUGUCGUUAUUCUAGUGGUGCAUUAGCCUAUUGUGCCUGUCCAAUGUCUGUCGUUGUCCAUAUCAAUAAAGCUUAGCUGACUGACUAAGAGAAAGAGAAAAGCGAGCUUUAGUGAAUGCAAAUAGCAGAUGGCCCUAACGCUUAUUAUAGUUUGAGAUGUUAAAAAGAAAAAUAAGUUACGGUCAUAAGUAAGUGUACAUGCGCACAGCGCUCAUCCAAUUUUCAGGGUCCCCCGCAUAUGUGUUAUGUCUAAUAAAGCUGG